UCACUUGGGCCUUCUCGCGACUCUGCUCGACAAAAAGAGCCGUUUGGCGUCCUCAACCGUCGUCUCCCCACCGCAAAAUGCCGUCUGGCUGGUAGGUUGAGUCUUCCGACCUGGCAAGCUGGAUGCGUGAUUAGCGUCCCGGCGAUGUCGGACGUCCGAACUCACGACCAGGCACAUCGGAAGCGUGUAAACGCAUUGAGCACGGGCAGAAGAUCCCUGACUGCAGUUUAUCGUGACCGGGUGUGUAAAUCAGUUCUUCCAAAACCGCUGAGGCCCUCCCCUUUCGACUACAUGCAAAAGAGCCAACCGGUCGUUGCGUCGUUGUCGACGGCCCGGCCCGGUUGCCCCUUUUCCAGUGGGCGCGUGGGGUGGGCGGAAGAAGCUAUGAAACCGGUAAUCCCGUUGGAAUAG